CAUAAUUCGAAUUAUUCCUCUUGAAGGUCAAAGAAGUUUCAUUACUAGAAGCGAUCUAAAUUUUUGAAAAAUAUUGAAAAACUACUAACCAUUUGUGUAAAAAUGUCCUCAAAUCAUCAAAAAUCAGUGGAUAUUCCACUUGACGAGUACAUCGCCAAAAUGAACAUAACCUCGACAACCCCAAAUUCACCGGAAAUAUCGGAAGCAAAUUCCGAACCGUCAGACAGCAUUCAGCGAACGCUUCGCACCGAUUCCGAGCGCAGCGAAACGCCACCCAGAAGCAGUUUGGCGCAGAGUAUGAAACCGAAGGUUUCGUUCCGCAGCCGGAAUCCGGAUUUCCAUCGGGACGAAUCUGCUCGCCACCGGCUUCCCUACCAGGUUUCGGCCGAUGCGCGCAAUCGAAUCCAGCAGCUGCGAAACCGUCGCAGACAGUUUCCGGAACUUGGGGAGGGCCCCGGCGGGCCCACGCGACCCUCGAUCGUACCUCCGUCUUCGAUGCAGCGGCAGGCCGCUGUCACAACCGGUCCAUCGUGGGAGCAGCUGCUUCCCUACGAACAGCUGCAGCAAAUGGCCACAACCACGUACUUCCUGAGCAUGUUCUUCAACUUGCCACCUCCGCCGCCGUUCAACGAUCCGGCCCUGUUCCGGCGAUGAGCAGAACCUGUUAACGUGGUUUUGUGAGCUAUAACCGUCGAAUAAAAAGUUUGAAUUAAAACUUGA